AUGCUUCAGCGCUGCACCCGGUGGCUUGAGGCCCAUACACGAGAGAAGGGCCCAAACAUGGGGCGAUUGUUGUAUGGAAAGCGAAAGAACGCCCUUCACACCACAAGUAAAGCCAAACCAGGCAUUGUGGGAUUACUGCUGCAAGUCCCAAUGUCGGAACUGCGACAGGCGGCUCGUCGUGCAGUGGGAGUUCGGGAACUCAACAAGGAAUCAUUAUCAGAACUGCUGCGGAAACUUCGUGCGGUGAAUCGACUAGACCGUUCGCAAGUUGUUGUAGAAGUAGCAGAUGAGGCUCAUCUCUCCUUAACAUCUUCACAUUAUUGUACCUUAAUGGCUCAUGCAAAUGAUAAUAAAGACUGGGAGACUGCCCUUCGCUAUUGGACACGGGCAUGUCAUGAAAAAAAAGCCAAUGAGAAAUUACAUGGUGCUUUAUUAGCUGCUUAUCGAGCUGCAGGACGUUGGAAAGAAUGUGUACAACAUUAUAAUGCAAUUAUUGAAGAUAAAAUGACUCUUGAUCCCUAUGCAUUACAUACGGUUAUGAAUGCUUGUCGAAGAGCAAAUGCCUGUGAAGAAGCUCUUUCAAUUUUUUCUAAAGCUGUACGUGCUGGUGCAUCACCUAAUAGUGCAGUAUAUCUUGAACUUUUACGCUGUAUACAACAGUCACAUUUACCCAACCGAUGGGAAACGUCUCUUGCUGUACUUCAGUCUAUUGAAGGGAAAGUAGAUAUGACAGCUGGAUUAUUUAAUGCUACUAUGGCUACAAUGGGAGGUGCAAAUUGGACAAAAGGUGUAGAAUUGUUUCAAACUAUGAAAGAAAAGAAUGUUCAGCCAAGUAAAGAGACAAUUGCUACACUUGUUUCUUUAAAUUCAAACGAUGUUUCUCAUGCUGUGAGAUGUAUAGCAGAGGCUCAUUCUCUCGGUAUGCCUGUUACUGAUGCUAUGUAUCGGACAGUCUUGGCAAAUCUAAUGCGAUUACAACUUGAUCAUGAAGCAGUACGUUUUGUUGAAAAUGAAUAUAAACGUUUUAAUGAAGAUCCAGGAAAUCCAGUAAACUCAUCACUUUAUUUAAGUCUUGCAAUUAUUGAUUCAUUGCUUGCCCAUAACCGUCCUCAUGAAGCUUUGAUGUUUUUUACUACAUUUGAGUCAAAACUUGGAAAUAUAGUUGGUUCUGCUACACGAGGACUUGGAAGUAUUGGUCUAAGUUCACAACGUUGGAUUGUACAAGGUCGUGUAGCUGUAGUAGAUCACAAUGUUCUCCUUAACCCACUUUUAGAAUCUCUUCUUUUCCAUUAUGAUUCCGUAUUAAUUCCUUUUUCCUCAAUUCGAAUGCUUGUUCGUCGUGUACGGGAAAUGGCUGGCACACCAAAGGGACGUUACACUAAAAAUGUACUGAAGCGUCUUCAAGAAUUAAUAACGGAAAAAGCGCCACUUCGAGUUUUACCGCUAGUUCAUCAGUUAAACGCUCAUACAUACAUUGUAGAUGGACCCAUUACAGAAGAUUCUGUUAAGUUACUACGAAAGGCCGCACAGCAACAGCAGCAGCAAGAGGAAGAAGAAACAAUUGAAGGAUCGAAAGGAUCUACAGUUCCAUUGCUAAUUCGUAAAAGUAACGCUCUCCCUUCUUUUAAUGAAUUCAAGAUUGAAAAAUCAGAUAUAGCGGUAAUGGAUAAAAAUAUGACGUUAUCUAGUUCUUCCUCCAAAUCUGGAGAUUCUUUAGUUGAAAGCAGUAAAAACAAUCAAACAGUAUUGCAGUAUUCAGAUCGUAUGACUGCCCCUGAACGUGUACUUGCCGUAGCAGUGAUGCUUAAAUCCCUAAACCCCGAUGCCAGUAUUCAUGUGGUUUCACCCAAUCCUGUACAAUUGCAGGUAGUGGAAAAAUGGAAUGAGUUUAAACGAAUUUCACCCCUAACGCCAGUGCGUUAUCCUGAUGAAGUGGCCACUAAGGCCCCAUCAGAAAAACAGCAACCAAUAUCCAGCAGUAAAACUGAAAAUGGGGUAUCUUUAAAGAGGAACAUACAUCAUCCUCAAGAAAUGCGUCAGGAAGUAAGACGACCUCUCUUUGUCCCAUCAUGA